AUGAUUGGCGUAGUUGAGGAGCCUUCAGGAAAGGCUGUAUUGUCAACAGUGCUAGAUCAUGAUAUAUUUGAAUCGGCAGUUGAUGAUGAUGACAGUAGGAAAUCAUGGAAGAAUGAGAAGAUUGUCAAGAAGGUGAUCACGUCUACUCCAGAGAAACUGCAUGUUGAUAAUAGUGAGGAAGACAAUCACAGUGCUAGGAAUGGUGAUAUUGUACAGUCUAGUAGUCAAAAGAAUGAAACCAUAUCUCAGGAUAGUGAUAAUGAAAUUGACAGUUCAACUUAUAAAGAAAGAAAUAGACUACUAAUAUUUGACAGUGAUGAUGAUGAUGGGAAUGGAGAUGAUGCACUUGUUGAAAUUAAAAGUAAUGGACAACAUGAGGUUGAUAAGGAUAGUUCUGAUGGUGAUGACAGUGAUGAUGAUGUGGUGCUUUCAACAUUUAAGAAGAAGAAUAGAUCUUUUCUAGAUAGUGACUGUGAUGAUGAAAACGAUGACAAGUCAGAAACACCAAUGAGGAAAAAAAUCAAAAAGACAAUUUUAGAAAGUGAUGAUGAAAGUGAUGAUGAAGAAAAAAAAGAUGAUGACAGCGAAGAUGAGGAAGAAAACAGAGCUAGCGAUAAUAAUGAUGCAGAUGAAGAAAUGAACAAUGGAGAAGAAAUGAUCAGGGCAAAAAGUACUAAAGAAAGAUCAGACCGGGAACUAAAACCCAGGAGAGCUAAGAAGAGUGAUGUUCAAAGUAUCCACAGUGAAAGUCAACGAAUUGUUCGAGAGUCUGUGGUCAGUCUUCCAUACCAUAAACCCAAACCUCUAAGUUUAGAUGACUUUUUUAACAAAAAACCCAUAAUUAAAGAAUUGAAACCAAUUAAAGGAAAGAUUCCCACAAGAUGGAGAAGAGGAGAUUGA